CUCUUGUCAUUAUUGUCAUAAUAUUUUUUGUUGAUCACUCUCGUCACUUUUAUUUCUGUUCAAAGUAAAUAAGAAAACCUUAUUUAUUUCAAUAUAGAAAGUUUCACACAACAAAAUAACUCUUAAAACUAUUUACCAGUGAUGUGAAAUUUGUGUAUUACUUUAUAACGUUAAGCCCGCAACAUGGAUGAGUCUACCACUGACUCCUUAAGGAAGCUGGCUCCAAGCUGGACCCUGGCCGGAGAUGAGCAGCUCCUCAACAUACUGCAGUCUACACAUCAGAAACUGCUGUCCCGAUGUCAGGAGGCGAACAGCCAGCUGGAGAAGAUGGCCACCGCUCUGAAUGACGCCAGCAUUAGCCUCCAGAAUGUCAAUAACCAGUUUAUGUCGCUAAGCAGCAGUCAGUUCAUAGAAAGCAGAGUGUACGAUGACGAUGACCUCACCACGGAACCUCCAGCAGCCAAGGAAUCUCCGAAACAGGAAGUCCCAGAUGAGCUAACCUGUCUGAAGCGUAGUUUAACAGUAUUGGAACAGUCACACGAGAUCAUCACCAUACUGCAGGACAGUGAUACUGAAUCCGAUACCGACGAUGAGGUGCCUGCUAGGAUGGUCCUGAAACCGAAGGACAUGUACUGGGAGCGCCCGCUGCCGUACAUCAUUGGGUCGCAGCCGUGGAAGAACAAGUGGCAUGCUGGUCUAGUGGUGGAGCCGACGGACAGUGAGAGUUCCGUGAGUGACCGCGGCGAGGACAGCGACCAGUACUCGCAGUCCGACAGCGAGGCGCGCCGCGCGCCCCCGCCCGCGCGGGCCGGGACACCGCCGCAGCACCACUUGGUAUCAGAAACUUCGUCCUCAUUACCAUCGGAGCAGGGUUCCAUACCGCGGCCCACGCCGUCAGAUGUCGCCAGUGACAUCGCACGGAGACUUGGAGCUGCAUUGCCUAACAAGAUGGUGGAGAGAGAUCCUUCACCUCCUGCGGAGACACCCCAACCAGCAUCCAGGAAGGUCUACCGGCCACAGGAUCCCGUCUCCAGUACAAUAUUCUCAGACGAGCCGCCCCCUCUAUCGGACCACUCGGACAGCCAGGACUCGGAUGUAUUCGCCGAGAUACAUCGCCAGGCUGGCAGUGAUACUCGACCUGGUGUGAUGCAGCAGAGGGAUGAUGGAGACCUGUUCAGUGGUGCUGGGUAUCAGCCACCAACAAAACCUAUUCAAGUCACAGUCCCCACACCACAAAGGCCAUCACAACCUGAUCAUCACAGCGACUAUGAUGAUGAUGAUGAUGAUCACACUGCGUAUAAUCUACAAGGACAAGUUAUCAGGCAGGAUGUGAAGCAAACUGCUGAUACUGAUGGGGAUAGAGGCGUGAAGAAACCAGCCGGUGGUAUUUCCCUGUUCGGUAACAAAGGCACAGAGAGUAUAGGAGCCGCCAUUUUAAAACGGAACCAACGUAAAUCAACUUCCGGUGAUGAUAGCGAAACUGAAACCCAGCCUAAACAACAAAUUAAAAAAGAAAAAGAUAUAUUCGAUGAUCUUUUCGCUAGAUCUGAAGGCAGGAAAGUUACAAAAGAUAAAACUGAUUUAGUAAAAGAUUUGAAAGAUAAAGUCCAAAAGAAAGAUACAGAAAAAGAUAAGAAUGAAAAAACUAAAGUUGAUUUGUUUAGCGAUGAUCUUUUUGAUGACAUUGAUGAUAUAUUUUCUUCUAACGUAGCUAAAGUACCUCCUAAAGACAAUAAAAACUCAAAACCUAUAUUUGAAGAUGAUGAUGAUCUAUUCUCAGAGAUUGCACCACCAAAACCGGCAAGAAUCGAAGUGGCUACUAGUAGUAGUGUAAAGAAAAGCUUAUUUGAUAGCGAUGACGAUUUAUUUGCCGAUAAUUUACAAGCAAAACCUGUUGAUAAGCCCAAAGCUAAAGAAGUAGAAAGAAGUAAAGCAGUAGAAGCUUCUAGAACAAAUAAAGAAGUAACUAGAAGUAUAUUUGAUGACGAUGAUGAUGAUUUGUUCAAUGAUUUGGCAACAAAUAAAGUAAAUGAUGAUUCGAAAGUACAAAGUGUUAAUAUAGAUAAGGCUGGUGAUGGAAAAAUUAAUCAAAAUAUUUCAAAUGUCUUCAACAGUCCAUCUUUAUUUGAUGAUGAUGACGUUGAUGAUGGUGAUCUUUUCGCUAAAGCAGUUAAUACUAGUAUCACAGUCAAUAAAACGUCAUCAGUUAAAAAUGAUAAAAUAAUUGAUGAUGAUAAUAACAAACCAUCAUCAAGUUCAGUUCAAACUGAUGAUUUUAGUAUUAAGAAUGAUAAUUUAACUGAAAAUGUUAUCAAAGUAAAUAAUAAUAAUACUGGUGAUGAAAUAGAACAUAAAGAUGUAAACGAAAAUGUUAAAUUAGACAGUAAAAAUGAAAUCUCUAGUAAGAAUGUCGGCAAUAAUGCAGCUAAAAUAUUUGAUCAUAUACAAAAAGAACAAAGUUCAUCUGAGUCAAGUAAUGAUUUUAGCGAUCAAGAUUUCGAUGAUUUACCUCCGAAACCAGCUACUAGUAAUAAUACGUCAAACGAUAAUAAACCUAAACCUAUAGAAAAAGAAAAUAUUUUUGAUAAAGCAACUUUAGAAGCAGAUAUAGACGAACUCUUUACAAAAUCACAAGAAAAACAAAAUACUGAACAAAUUUUCGAUGAACCGCCAGAAAUUGCUAACAUAUUUCCUGAAAAGACUGAAUCUGACAAUAAAAAAGCUACAGCAACAGAUAUUUUCAACGAUAUUGUAACAGAGCCGCCCAUUUUUGAAAAACCGAAAGAACCGAAAAAGAGUAAAAAUGUCAACGCGUUAUUCGAUGAUGAUUCAGACGAUGAGAGUCUAUUUUUCAAGAAGAAUGAACACGUGUUUGAUGAUCAUCCGAAUGACUUUACUCCAACACAGGAUAGAAUAUUUGGUUUGUUUACUGAUGAACCACCUGAUGAUGGAUUUGGCAAAAUCAAGGAUGACGAUGAUAACAUGUUUGCUUCAGCCCCUAAACCUAAAGUACCUCCUAACAAUAAUUUGCCUCCCCUUCCUGUUCAUGGGAUUGUCCCCGAUAAUGUUAAACAAACAGAAUUGGAUAAUGAAGAUAUAUUUAAUCAAGUAGCGCAUAUAGAAAUAUUAAAAGACACUAAAAUUGGCGAUGAUCAAAGAAAAGAUGAUGUUUUUGAAAAACCAAAAUCAUUCUCAUUAUCAGAUGAUGACGAUGAUGAUAAUCUAUUCAAAAUACCUAAAAUUCCAAAAUCUAGUUUAAAAGAAACACCUAAUUUAGAUAAUUCUGAUCACGAUAAUCUAUUUUCGAAAAAACCUGAAGCAAAACCGGCGGUAGUUCAAAAACCUACACCUAUACUUGUAGCUGAAAAGGCUCAGGAAUCAAAUAUAAAAAUUUCAGAUGAUGAAUUAUUUAGUACUGAGAAACAUGAAGAGCUGAAAAAUGAAAGCAAGCCAGUAGAUAUAGAUUCAAAAUCUGACGAAGAAUUAUUCAAAGUCACUGAAAGUAAACCUAUACAUGAAAUAGUUUCAGAACUUAGUAAAACUUCAGAUGACGAACUAUUUUCACCUAUAAAAACUGUGGAACAAGCUGAUAAUUCUAAAUCAGAUGAAGAUAUUUUCAAAAUAACUAAAUCGAAACCUGAAAUCGUAAAUAAAGCUGAAAAUAUUCAAGAAGCAAAGGUUACAGAUACUAAAAAAGUUGGAAAACUAAAAGUCGGUCUAAAUAUUAAUGUUAACGCGCUCCUACCUGGCGCAUCACCUAAAAAGGUCAAACCUAGUGACCAAACAGACGGACUAACUCAAAGCGUAGUAGAUCAAAAUCAAAGAUCAGAAGUCAAAAUCCUUCCUGACCUUCCCAAACCUCAAAUUGAAAGUCAAAAAGACGUUAAAAUUCCUAAAACUGAAGAUCAAAACCCAGAUUCUACAUUAAUAAAAUCUGUUAGUUUUGAUGGAAAACCUGAAUCAGAAGUAUUAGAUAAUAAAAUAUCUAAAGAAAGGGCUAAGAUUCAGGUUAAACGCCGCCCUUCGACGAGAAGGGCCAGAAGAGAAGCGGUGAGGAAAUCUGCUAUUGACUUCGGAGAAGAUUCUACUGAUAAUUCUAGCUCCAUAGAUGAUACACCUAGAAUUGUGCCUGGAAAUAAACCUGAAAUUGCACAGGAUGAAAAACUAGAGAAACAUUUUGAACCUGUUGAAAUAAAGCCUUCUAUACCUAUAGAAAAUGAAGCCACGAUAACACAGGAUGAAAAUAUAGACAAAAAAUUAGAACAAGCUGAAGUAAAUACUGCAAAAUCUAGUAUUGACAGUAGAGAAAAUCCUGAAAUUAUUGACAAAAAUGUUGAAAAACAACCAAUUAUUGAAGAUGAGAAAACUGAAAUUACUGAAAAAACUUUGUCCUCAAAAGAUUUCAAAGAAACCACAGCUCAAGUACCUGAAAAACAUAUUGAAAAUAUCGCAAACCCAACUUCUUCAAAGGACGCUAAACAUACUACAGUUGAAAAUAUAGAAAAGCCACCUUAUUCAAAAGAUGUAAAAUCUAAAGUCGUCUACAUUUUGAACGACGAAGAUAUUUUUAACACGAACCCAGUACAAUCUAGUCAGAAAGUUGAAAGUAUAGACUCAAAGGCAGGACUUCCAACUUUGGGCAAAAUUGAUAAAAAAAAUGAUAAAACAUCACUGUUUGGUGACGAAGACGAUGAUGAAAUAUUCAAAGCUAAAAAGCCUUUGAAGAAAUCUACAAUAUUUGAUUCGGACAGUGAAGAAGAUUUGUUUGGAGAUAAGAAGAGAAAGAAAGAGAUAGAAGUUAAGAAGGAGAUCAAAAGAGAAGUGGUGAAGGGAUCCUUGUUUGGUGAUGAUGAUGAUGAUGAUGAUCUGUUUGGUGUUAAGACGAGGAAGGCUGUCGGUGAGUUACUUUUUUAA